AUGUCGACCCCGCGCGCCUUCGUCAUCCGCCACGGCGAGACGGAGUGGUCCCUCAACGGCCGCCAUACCGGCUCCACCGACAUUCCCCUGACGGCCAACGGCGAGAAGCGUGUACGGGCCACCGGCCGGGCUCUUGUGGGAAGUGACCGUCUUAUCGUGCCGAAGAAGAUAUCACACAUCUACGUUUCUCCGCGCCAGCGUGCCCAGCGCACAUUUGAGCUCCUGAACUUCGGCCUCACCGACGAGCUCCCCUGGAAGAAGCAUGGCCAAGUAGAGGGCGACGGACCCAAGUGCGACGCCUGUGUCGAGGUCACCGAGGACAUUCGCGAGUGGGACUACGGCGACUACGAGGGCAUCACGUCCCCCGAGAUCCGUCGCAUCCGCAAGGAGCAGGGCCUGUCCGAGAACUGGGACAUCUGGCGCGAUGGCUGCCCGGGUGGCGAGAGCCCCCAAGAUGUCACGGAACGUCUGGACCGACUGAUCAAGGACAUCCGUGACAGAUGGCACCGCCCCGUCAUCGGCGACAAGGAGGCGCAGAAGGGAGACGUCCUGAUCGUCGCCCACGGUCACAUCCUCCGCGCUUUUGCCAUGCGUUGGGCCGGCAAGACACUUCAAGACGGCCCGGCCUUUCUGCUUGAGGCCGGCGGUGUCGGCACCUUGAGCUACGAACACCACAGCAUCGAGGAGCCGGCUAUCCUGCUCGGAGGUGCCUUCGCCGUCGAUAUCAUUGAGAAGGAACAAGCGCAGCAGCAGUAG